AUGAAAUCACAACCGCUGUUUCGGUUCAGGACCGGACCCAAAUCUCCUCCGACAACCCAGGGUGAGCUAGUUUGGUUUGAACAACCAGCGUCCAGUGGACUGCAGACCCCAAACUGGUCAUCCCAUGUGGUCAUCCAAGGUCCGGAAUUCGGGUCCUUGGCUGUCCGACUGACCACCACAGGAGGUGUGGCAAAGCUGGCGUUCCUCUGCCCGGAGUAUUUUGGCAGGAGAUUUCGUAUCGUCUGGACAGAAGACCCCGGUGACAUCUGGACGGACCCGGCUCUGAUCAGAACUGCGACCAUUGAUGGCGAUAGCGAGCGGUACGUCGACGUACAGUUGACUGAUGUGAACGGAGAUGGAAAAGACGACUUGCUGGUGGUGACAAGUAGUGGAACGAACGGAACCGUCCGAGUGUACGAGAUCCCCGACGAUUUCCGCAAUGGCACCUGGGAACGACAUGUUAUCGCCAGUGGGUUCUCUAUCCCAGGGAAUGUGACGCAGGGUGAAGGAACACCAGGUUUAGCAGUACUACUCAGGCGUGAUUCGAAAAAGCCACCCAUCCUGCUGUCUGGGGACGACGACGGGCACGCGUACCUUCUCAUUCCCAGUACUGACGACCCUGCCGACUGGUCCUACCAGAAACGCCCCCUGUUGACAAGUACGGGAAUUGUAGGUGGCAUCUCGGCUGCAGACAUAGACGGUGAUGGGAAUAUCGAGGCCUUCAUUUCUGCGUAUGGUGAGGACAAGGUUCACGUCUUCCGGUUUACUGAUGCUGAAAACGGAAGUGACGUCAGAAUGGUGAACUCUGGGACUGUGGGCCUGCUAUCGGUCAUUGUAGCUUGGCUGGUGCACUAUGGGUAGUUGUAUCAACAGGGCCACGUGUACUAUACCGUGAUUGUUGUGACGUAGUUGUCCAUCUCGUGCGAAUAAUGCCAGCAUUAGCAUUAUUGUAAUCGUAGGAAGUCAGGGCUCGAAAUACCACCUGCAUAUGGAAGUUAGUGCAGGAAAAUUGGAGCUGUGCAGGUAUUUCUGGUGUCUACCUGCACCUAACCUGCACUGGUCCACGUACAGGGUUUUUAUACAUAAUUGUCUUUUAAGUAUGAUGUAGGUGGAAUGUUGUUAUCUGCAUUGACUGUUACCAA